AUGGACACGUCGUCAACCCUCGCGACGAGCGCCACCCCGACAAUUCCCGCCGAACAGCUUGCCGCACUUACAUCGCUGCUGUCGGGACUCACCGCUGCCGCUUCCGGCACUACCGCACCCGCCACGACAUCCGGCUCCAAUCGCAAUGCCUUCCCGAAGCAUGCGCGGUUGGACGGGCCGAAGACGUUCGCGAACUGGACACGCCAGCUUCGCCUGUGCCUAGCGGACGACAUCCGCUCCUACGUCCUCGACGGAAUCACCCCGACGAUUGGACGCCUUCGCAACGCUCCGCCCGCGACGUCGUGGCACGCGAGAUCCUUGCAAACUCAAUCGACUCGGCCGAAGUCUCGGCAGUCCUCGACAAGAUCCCUACGGCCGACCUCACAGCGCCCAAGAUUUACUCGACGCUGAAAUCGCGAUACGCCCCUGAUGACGCCACUCGCACGCUCGAGCUCUUCUCGCGACUCUGGGGCUUCCGACCCAUGCCCGGAACGGUUGGCGAAUUUGACAGUUGGAUCAUGGACUUCAAGUCGGUCGCGCAAGAGAUCAUCGAUACGAAAACGACGAUCAACGACGUCCUUGCCACACUCCUCCUCGCGAUCGCCCACCCGUCACUCGAGAGCUUCAAGGCAACGUUCACCGACGAACAACGCACGCAACGAACUCUCCCUGACAUCGAUUCAGUGGCCGACCGUAUGCGAGUUCAACUCCGGUCAACGAACCUCUCCAACGAUCAAUCGGCCCUCCUUGCCUCGUCGUCGCCACGUUCUACCCGUACCAAGUGCCUCGCCUGUCGCAGCCUUCUCACCGCGUCGCACAAUGCCCUACAAGGGCCCAGCAUCCACCGCCAGGCCCGUGUCGCUCCUGCAAGAAGAAGGACCACUGGUCUUUCGACUGCAAAAAGGCUCUUGAGGACGGGAAAACGCCCGACACCUCUGAUGCGCAACACCAUGUCGGAUGUCUCGCCACCGGUCUUCUCGCACAUCGUCGUCAGCUUCGCAACAACUCCUUCGUCGUCGACUCGGGUGCCACUUCGCACAUGGUCUCGGACAAGUCGCUGUUCACGGCUAUCGCCACAUCGCUCCUACGAAGAUUGGUGGUAUUGCAGGGGGCAUCAACGCCGUCGGAACGGGAAACAUCGCCUUUGUUGCCGCCUCCGGUCACCGAUCACGCUUACCGGCGUGCUGCACACCCCGGGCCUGUCUGUCAACCUCCUCUCGGUCUCUCGACUUUGCGACACCGACGAUGUCCGUGUCGCCUUCACGAAGCACGGCAUCCAUAUCGACAAGAACGGCAAUGCUAUCGCUGAAGGCGCAAGACUCGAGGAAGGGCUCUACUUGCUGGACGCUGAUCAUUCCAAAUGUCAGCAUCUCGCUCUCCUCUCUCGCUCACAGUCUUCCGUGCCCCUGCUGACCCUUCACCGCUGCCUCGGCCAUCUCGCACCGUCGUCCAUACAGAAGAUGGUUGCCGCUGGUUUGCUGGAAGUCUCGGGGCCGGAUAUAGUGACGAAGAGGUAGAGAAGUUUGUCUGCAAUGCUUGCCUCAGUGCAAAGGGCCAUCGUCUUCCUUUUCCCGAUUCGGACUCGCACUCCUCAGAGAGACUCGGCCUCGUACACAGCGAUGUGCUUUCCUUUCCGAGUCGUCCUUGACUGGCAAGCGUUACCUGGUCACGUUUUCUUGACGACUUCUCGCGCAAACUGUGGGCAUACGCGAUCGGACACAAAAGCGAAGUCUUUGGCGUGUUCAAAGACAUGGCUUGCCGAGGUCGAACUCGAGACGGAUGCAAAACUGAAGGUCCUCCGAACCGACAAUGGUGGCGAAUACUGUUCGAGAGCGUUCACGGAAUUCUGUAAGGCACGCGGCACACGUCGACAAUACUCUAUCCUCGAACGCCUCAACAGAACGGUCGUGCCGAACGAGUCAAUCGUUCUAUCGUCGAAGGUGUCUUGCCCUCCUUGCAGACGCCCACUUACCCAAAUCAUUCUGGGAGGAGGCAGCAGCUUAUUUCGUCUACUGCAAGAACCUGUGCGAACACUCGGCCCUGGACAAGGCAAACCGAACUUCGCUGGCAGGGCGACCGCACCAACGCCUCGGCGCUUCACCCGUUCGGCUGCACGGCUUGGCUCACAGUCGCGCCUGAACUUCGCUCGAAACUCGACCCGAAAGCGGUUCGCGUUCUCUUCACCGGCUAUGACCUGGCUUCUAAAGCCUUCCGUUUCUACGACACGACGACCAAGAAGAUCAGUUUGGGCAGAAAUGCCAGGUUCCUCGACAACGAAUUUCCCGGGUUACGUAGCGGACUCCACCGAGCAAGACGCCGACACGCACUUCGCCAGCGCUUGCCCGACCACGAAUCCCAAGCCGUUGUCAAGACAUGGACCCCACUAGUAAGGUCGGCGCACAUGGACGUCUCAUCCUCUCUUGAUGACUCUGCCAUGAGCGCCGUUGACGUGGCCCCAGGGUACACUGGCGGAACCUUACUUAAUUCCACAGAUGCCGAUCGUCCUCGUCACCGUCUCCUGAGCCGUCCUCGUCACCGUCGCCCGCAACUCCCUUGUCACCGGUCGCCUGCGCUGUCACCGUCGUUGGCUGCGUCAUCGUCACCCUCGGCCUUACCGACCGACUCUGACUAUCCGCCGACCCUCUGGACCUCAUCGGCUCACAGACCCCGACUCGCCUCGGCCCACGGACGUGCACCGCCCAGACUUCAGCACGUACCGUGAGCCCGCAUCGGGCUGA